AUGUCUUUUAUCGUUCCCGGUACAAAAUCUUCUAAUGUAAGAUCUCUGAUGUCAAAACCCAUGCCGAAGCUCACGUGGUAUCAGACAGUCUAUCUAAAUGGCAAGCCUAUCGCUGCGCAAACGCUCAAGCCAUUGAAUGGACGGCGUCAGACAGUACAUCGCCUUGAAAUUGAGCCAUUCUCAUCUCACAGUGCUCUUCCAUCGAACGUGAGAUCGGUCAUUGUCAAACAACAGAAGGAAGGAUGGGAAGCCGAGUUCCGGCGUGAGAAAGAAGCCUACAACAUAUUUGAGAGCCUUCAAGGAAAAGUCAUUCCGAAGCUAUUUGGUGAAGGCUCGCUGAAUGGAACUCCAGCGCUUAUUCUAUCAGAGAUUGCUGGGUUCACUUUAGAAGAACUCGCUCGCAACAAAGUCGAAGUCCGAGAGGACUCAUUGCGACGUCAACUUAAGGAAGCUCUCUCCGCCUUGUACCAAUACGGAGCUGAGUAUUCAGACCUGAGACCGGACAACUUCUUAGUCUGUGACAAUGACAAAGCGAUGAUUGUGGAUCUCGAGGGCGUUACAUUUCCUGGGGAACCCGAGGAACCUUCAGAUUCGGAAGAUUGUGAUAACUUGGGCGACGUUGGCUAUCUGAUGAGCAAAUUCAGAGACAUCAAAGACCCAAAUCGUCCUUCAUCACCCAUCCCAUCUAUACCUGAGUCGACGAAUGAUAAGAGAAGGGGACAAAAUGUUGGGUUCUACGCAGUGGGUGAACUAGUCGAGUGA